UAUACAGUGGUAAUAAUUAUGUAUGUAACAUUUUGUGUUUUUAAUUUCUUCUCUAGAUGUUUUGCAUGUGUUAAUGUUUUCCAUAAAUCCACAUGGACUACCUUAUUUCUCAUUUUAAAUAUAAUAUCCUACUGGAUGACCCUUCCAUAAUAAACAUGUGUUUUGCUUUUUGUAGCCAGUGCCCACCUGCCACUGCUGAUCCUCUGGAGCCAUAGUCAUUUAAAGGAAGCAGGAUCACAGAAUGUUUUUCUCUGGUGGGCAGUGUGGCCAUGUUGGCAGACCUGAAGAAAUUUUACUGGUGUUCAAGAUAUUCCUUGUCAUCAUUUGUCUUCAUGUCGUUCUGGUUUCAUCCCUGGACGAAGAUGCUGAUAAUUCCAGUUUAUCACCAUCUGUUGAAUCACUUCUUGUUGGUCUUGUCCCCUACUCCAAUGGUACUCCAGGCAAGAUUUUGGAAAAAUUUAAACCUAGAUUAAGCCCAAUUUACGCUACUUCAAGUGUAUUAUCUACUUUAAACAGAACAGAAAAAACUAAAAUCACUAUAGUAAAAACCUUCAAUGCAUCAGGAGUCAAACCUCAGAGAAAUAUCUGCAAUUUGUCAUCUAUUUGCAAUGACUCAGCAUUUUUUAGAGGUGAGAUAAUGUUUCAAUAUGAUGAAGAAAGCAACAAUACCCAGAAUCAAGAUAUAGCUAAUGGCACCUUAACUGGAGUCCUGUCUCCAAAUGAACUGAAACGAUCAGAGCUCAACAAAACCCUGCAAACCCUGAGUGAGAUUUAUUUUAUAGCAUGUGCUACUGCAGAGGCCCAAAGCCCCAAGGGUCACCAAUCUGACCGAAAAAUGGAUCACAGUGGUCCAGGCAGGGUGAAGGACAGAUGGAAGAAGGAAUAUAAUAUGGAGCUUGGGAGAAGAAGGGAGAGAGGAGGAAGGAAAAGAUUGGAAAGAAAGAAAAAAGAAGAAAUUAAAAAGUACAUGCAGGGCACAUUAAAUUGCACAUUCACAAUUAAAUUGAAUAAGACAAUGACUGUAUGUGCUGUAAUGGUUGCUUUGAAAAAAGUGACGAUUCGACCGAUGAAAGAGUGCUGCUGUUCGGUCAGGACACCCUGCCCUUCUUCCCCGGAGGAGUUAGAAAGGCUGCAGUGUGAUCUGCAGGAUCCCGUUGUCUGUCUCAUGGAUCAUCCACAUGGCCCACCAUUUUCCUCUUCCAGCAAGUCCAUCCCAGUUGUACCUCAGGCCACUAUUUUUUCCCAGAUCUCCAGUGCCUUCUCUUUGGCCAAGCCCCUCAGUCAUCCACCUGUGGCCCACAAUGCUCCCCUUCCAACAGGGGACAGUCACCUUCCUUCUCCGCAGCCUUCAGCUCGCACAUCUUCCAGCCCUGCCAUUGAUACGCACUCCCAGACUGGAAGUAUCUCUUCCCUUGGGCCCCAAACCAGUCUUCCCCAUACUCCGCCACCUGUGAAAUCCACCCUUUCCUCUCCCACCACGUCCGCCCCCACGAACGUCGCUGCCACCAGCGCACCUCCUGGCAAGACAGAGACUGUCAACACCAGCAGUGUUUCUGAUCUUGAGAACCAAGUGUUCCAGAUGGAAAAGGCUCUGUCCUUGGGCAGCUUGGAGCCUAAUGUCGCGGGAGAAAUGAUAAACCAAGUCAGCAAACUUCUUCAUUCCUCACCCGUCUUGCUGGCUCCUCUGGCUCAAAGGUUGCUAAAAGUAGUGGAUGACAUUGGCUUACAGCUGAAUUUUUCAAACGAGACCAUAAGUCUAACCUCCUCCUCUCUGGCUCUGACCGUGAUCAGAGUGAAUGCCAGUAAUUUCAACACAACUACCUUUGCAGUCCAAGACCCUGAGAAUAUUCAGGUUUCUCUGGAAACUCAGGCUCCUCAGAACAGUAUUGGUGUUAUUACUCUGCCUUCAUCACUAAUGAGUAAUUUACCACCUAAUGAUAUGGAACUAGCUUCCAGGGUCCAGUUCAACUUUUUCGAAACACCUGCCCUGUUUCAGGACCCUUCCCUGGAGAACCUCUCUCUGAUCAGCUACGUCAUAUCAUCAAGUGUCGCAAACCUAACCAUCAAGAACUUGACAAGAAACGUGACCGUCACAUUAAAGCACAUUGACUCGAACCAGGAUGACUUAACAGUGAAAUGUGUAUUUUGGGACUUAGGCAGAAACGGUGGCAGUGGAGGCUGGUCAUCUGAUGGCUGCUCCGUCAAAGACAGGAGGCGGAAUGAAACCACCUGUACCUGCAGCCACCUUACAAGCUUCGGCAUUCUAUUGGACCUAUCUCGGACAUCCUUACCAUCUGAUCAAAUCAUGGCUCUGACAUUUAUUACGUAUAUUGGUUGUGGGCUUUCAUCAAUUUUUCUGUCAGUUACUCUUGUAACCUACAUAGCCUUUGAAAAGAUCCGGAGGGAUUACCCUUCCAAAAUCCUCAUUCAGCUGUCUACUGCCCUGCUGCUGCUCAACCUGGUCUUCCUCCUGGACUCGUGGAUCGCUCUGUAUCACACGAGAGGCCUCUGCAUCUCAGUGGCUGUGUUUCUUCAUUAUUUUCUCUUGGUCUCAUUCACAUGGAUGGGCCUGGAAGCAUUCCAUAUGUACCUGGCCCUGGUCAAAGUGUUUAAUACUUACAUCCGAAAAUACAUCCUUAAAUUCUGCAUUGUUGGUUGGGGGGUACCAGCUGUGGUUGUGAGCAUCGUCCUGACUAUAUCCCCAGAUAACUAUGGGCUUGGAUCCUAUGGGAAAUUCCCCAAUGGCUCACCCGAUGAUUUUUGCUGGAUCAACAGCAACACAGUGUUCUAUAUUACUGUGGUGGGAUAUUUCUGUGUGAUAUUUUUGGUGAACGUCAGCAUGUUCAUUGUGGUCCUGGUUCAGCUUUGCCGAAUUAAAAAGAAGAAGCAACUGGGAGCCCAGAGAAAAACCAGUAUUCAAGACCUAAGGAGUAUUGCCGGCCUUACAUUUUUACUGGGAAUUACUUGGGGCUUCGCUUUCUUUGCAUGGGGACCAGUUAACAUCACCUUCGUGUAUCUCUUUGCCAUCUUUAAUACCUUACAAGGAUUUUUCAUAUUCAUCUUUUACUGCGUAGCAAAAGACAAUGUCAGGAAGCAAUGGAGGCGAUAUCUUUGUUGUGGGAAAUUACGGCUGGCUGAAAAUUCUGACUGGAGUAAAACUGCUACUAAUGGUUUAAAGAAGCAGACUGUAAACCAAGGAGUGUCCAGCUCUUCAAAUUCCUUACAGUCAAACAGUAACUCCACUAACUCCACCACACUGCUAGUGAAUAACGAUUGCUCAGUACACGCAAGCGGGAAUGGGAAUGCUUCCACGGAGAGGAAUGGGGUUUCUUUUGGUGUUCAGAAUGGAGAUGUGUGCCUUCAUGAUUUUGCUGGAAAACAGCACAUGUUUAAUGAGAAAGAAGAUUCCUGCAAUGGUAAAAGCCGUAUGGCUCUCAGAAGGACUUCAAAGCGGGGAAGCUUACACUUUAUUGAGCAAAUGUGAUUCCUUUUUUCUAAAAUCAAAGCCUGAUGCUUGACAGUGUGAAAUGUCCAAUUUUACCUUUUACACAAUGUGAGAUGUAUGAAAAUCAACUUAUUUUAUACUCAUCAACCUCUGGAGAAGCAUAAGCUAAUUGAGGGCAAUGGUUACUAUUGGAAGAGGAAACCAAGAUGUUAUACCAUGGUUUUCAGACAUUUGCAAUUUGGUGUCUUAUCCUUCAUUUUGAAAGAAGAUUGGUUUUACACAACACACUAAGAAUAAGACUUGUGUUAAAAAAAGUAGUUCAUUGCCAGUCACAUUUUAUAGAGGCUAAAAUUAUCUUUGAUAACAUCAUAUAAAGCAACUGUUGACUUCAGCCUGUUGGUGAGUUUAGUUGUGCAUGCCUUUGUUGUAUAAAAGCUAAAUUCUAGUGAUUCGCAUGCUAAAUAUCUUACUUCUACAUUUUUUUGUAUUUAUUUUCUACUGUGUAAAAUUAUUCCUUGGUAGAAUCAUGGUUGUGUUAUUUUGUUUAAUGUGAUAAUUCAAAAAAUCCUUGAUGUUUCAGUGAAUUCUAAAGCUCCUUUUGGAGAAUAUAUGGGAUGUGAAAUACAGAAACUUCACUGAAUUCAAGAAAUAAUGAUGCUAGCCAGACUGGGAAAGUGUAAGCAGACAGUGUCACAAUUAGCUCAUACAGUGCCUUUGAACAAGUUAGAAAAAGGUGCCCCCACUGGGCAGACACAGCCCCAUGGGCUCAUGGUUUGGCCAACAGAAUGGGGGACAGAUUUUAGCCCCACUCACCCUAUUGGGUACAUCCUUGUACAGGGUACAACCUGUACAGCCGUACACGGCAUGCAGUACUGAUACCCAUCCCUUAACCUCAUUCCUAAUUAUCAGAUUGUGGAAUCUGCAUCAAGAUGUUUAGUUUAAUACCUUGGCCACAGAGAGGGAUGGAACUGUAAUCUAGACCAUAUGUCAGGAAAAUUGUGAAUGUGGAGGAGAUACAUACACUGCCACUUCUCAAAUCCCAGAGGCUUUCAGAAGAGGGGAGUAGAGUAGGAAUGCUUUUUUAGAGAGAGAGAUAUAUAUAAGGGGAAAAAAUCAUAUUGCUGUUCUUUAAAAGGCAGCUGCAUGGUACAUUGUUGAUUGUUAUGAUUGGUACACUCUGGCCAAGCCAGAUCUAUAAUUAUUUUUUUAAAUGUGUCAAGUCUUGAAAAGUGACAAGGGGGAGCAGCUAUUGGGAACAGGGAACUAUCCUGCAAUGCUAUUGUUUCUACAUGUAUCAAACCUUCAAACCUUGAUUGCUCCUAGUUAUAAAGGGUCUAUUUUGCUUCCCACCUACAUCUGCUUGAGCAGUGCCUCAAGUAUGUCCUUAUCAGGAAAAUUUCAAAACCCUUUAGUUAGGUCUUUCACUACAGUUCCCUUGCAUAUAUUUCAAGUGAAUGUUGUAUCCCAGACUAACCAUAGUGAUAAUAUAAUACAUUUCUGUGAGUGCUGAUUUGUCUUUGCAAUAUUUCUUCUCUGAUUUAUUUAAUUGUCUUGUAUUUAUAUGUUAAAUCAACAAAAAUGUUAAAAUCAACUAAAUAAAUGUGCAGUUAAGUCCUUUAA